GGUAUCUGUGGGUUGGCCGACGGUCAGUUGGAGGUUGUAGCACGUGCAUCAGCGGUCAGAGUGUGGGAGUCGCUCCUCUGCCCGUGCCAUGGAUCGUAGGAGACGUCCCACGGUGGCUCCUUACUGCAGCGCUGGGUUAGGACAGCCCUCCCCCCUGGGGUGGACACUCACACUCACACUCACACUGACUCAGGUGUCAAACUGAAGACACUGCUCGCGUGUCUCUCGACUCCCACCUGGACUUUGCCUGGAGUUUGAUUUUCUUAUCCACCGCCGGACGUCGAUUGGGUUCACUGGGGGGGUUUUUUGUUGUUGUUUUGAUUGGUUUGGUUUCACCUCCUGUGAAUAAUGGCCAAAAGUCGGCACGUUUACCUGACUCCGGCUCAGGUCACUGUGGGCCAUUGGAAGAAGCCGAGCAGAACCUCAGAUUUAUUUGAAAUGAUUGAGAAAAUGCAGGGCAACAGAAUGGAUGAACAGAGAUGUACCCUUCCGCCCCCGCUCAAAACAGAGGAAGACUACAUUCCUUAUCCCAGCGUCCAUGAGGUGCUCGGAAGAAAGAGCCCGUUCCCCCUGAUCCUGCUCCCCCAGUUCGGCGGCUACUGGAUCGAGGGGACCAAUCACGAGCUGCGGAGUGGCGUCGGCGGCGGUGGUGGCGGUGGUGGCGGUGGUGGCGACCCUGAGCAGCUCCUGUCUCCCACGUCACACGUCAAACUGGAGAGCAACACCACCGCCAAGAUCUACAGGAAGCAGUUCCUGGGCAAGGAGCACUUUAAUUACUACACAGUGGACAGCGCCCUUGGCCACCUGGUGUUCUCCGUGAAGUACGACGUCAUCGGUGACCAGGAGCACCUUCGACUCAUGCUGAGAACUAAAUUGAAAACGUACCAUGAUGUGAUCCCAAUAUCGUGCCUGACAGAGUUCCCCAAUGUGGUCCAGAUGGCCAAGCUCGUCUGUGAAGAAGUGAACGUGGAUCGUUUUUUCCCAGUGCUUUACCCAAAGGCUUCGAGGCUUAUAGUCACUUUUGAUGAACAUGUCAUCAGCAACAACUUCAAGUUCGGUGUCAUCUACCAGAAAUUCGGACAGACCUCGGAAGAAGAGCUCUUUGGGAACAAUGAGGAGAGCCCGGCCUUUGUGGAGUUCUUAGAAUUUAUCGGCCAGAAGAUCGAGCUGCAUGACUUCAAAGGGUUCCGCGGAGGGCUGGACGUGACGCACGGGCAGACGGGGACGGAGUCCAUCUACACCAACUUCCACAACAAGGAGAUCAUGUUCCAUGUGUCCACCAAGCUCCCGUACACGGAAGGGGACGCGCAGCAGCUGCAGCGGAAGAGGCACGUCGGGAACGACAUCGUCGCCGUGAUGUUCCAGGACGAGAACACGCCCUUCGUGCCCGACAUGAUCGCCUCCAACUUCCUGCACGCCUACGUGGUGGUGCAGGUGGAGAACCCCUGCUCAGACAACGUGCUCUACAAGGUGUCUGUGACAGCCAGGGAUGACGUCCCGUUCUUUGGCCCAGCCUUGCCAGACCCGGCCGUCUUUAGGAAAGGACCGGAGUUUCUCGAGUUCCUGCUCACCAAGCUCAUCAACGCGGAGUACGCGUGCUACAAGGCCGAGAAGUUCGCCAAGCUAGAGGAGCGCACAAGGACGGCUCUACUGGAGACUCUGUAUGAGGAGCUGCACAUCAAUAGCCAGGCCAUGAUGGGUCUGGGCGGCGAGGAAGAGAAGCUGGAGAAUGGCGGCAGCGGAGGAGGGGGCUUCUUCGAGUCCUUCAAGCGGGUGAUCCGCAGCAGAAGCCAGUCAAUGGAUGCCAUGGGCCUCAGUAGCAAGAAGCCGCCCACGGUCUCCACUAGUCACAGCGGAAGCUUUGUCCACAGCCUACCAGAGACCCCCAAAGUCCCUGUGCUAUCAUUGCUUGUCCCGGGGAAAAGUCCCAGUAAAUAUGGACGUCGAGGCAGCGCCAUAGGCAUAGGAACGAUAGAAGAGUCUCUUAUCAUUCCGGGGAAAAGCCCGACCCGGAAGAAGUCGGGUCCCUUCAGCUCCCGGAGGAGCAGUGCCAUCGGCAUCGAGAACAUCCAGGAGGUACAGGAGCGAAGCAGGGAGUGCUCUCCGAGCACACAGAAAACCCCUGACAGCGGCCAUGCCUCCCAGGACCCCAAGUCAGACAAUUCCUCCAGUCAGAGUUCACCUGAGGUGGUCACAGCCAAGAACAGUUCUGCCCUGUGCUGCAGGGCGCCGUCCAUCCCGGAGGCCCAGGACCUGUCCCGCUCCUCGUCCAACGCCAGCAGCUUCGCCAGCGUAGUGGAGGAGAACGAGACCGAGGCCGCCGAGGACUACGACACGGGCAUGGAGAGCCUGUCAUCUGCUGGGACGCCACACAAGAGGGACUCGUUCACAUACAGCACGUGGCUGGAGGACAGCGCCAGCAGUACCAGCACGGCCAGCAGGGGGAACUCUCCUGCAUCCAAUAGGAAUCAGCCUCCAGAGGCUGGGAAGGGCCCCGAUGCCAAGACAGAUGUUCGCAUCAAACUGGAACGACCACAUAACCACAAAUCGCCAUCGUCAUCGAACUGCUAGCCUCUCCCACCCGAUUGCUUCAUGGAUGCCCCUCCACAGCAUUCCCAUAAGAAACAACCCCUCAAGGAGACAAGGCGCGCUCGAGUCUUUGCCGUAACCAAUGACGACAACGAUAAUGAGGAGGAUGGCAGCCAGCCGACGGCAUGAGAGGCCUGGGAAGACGUUCGUGCCCCCAACCUUAACCCCCCCGGGGUUAUCAUGCGACCUUGACACCAUGUGACCCCGUCCCUAAGUCGUCCUGCUGGCUGAGCGGCAGUCCCCCGUCCCCCUGUCACCCAACGGGAGAGUGGAGGGGAGAGACCUCAUGUGCACUGUGCUUCUGUUUCUCUGGUUUUGCUCCUUUUCCUUCAGUGGCCUGUUCAUUCCAUAUCGUACCUUUCUUUGCCUCAAUCUAUUUUUUCCAGGGAUUUUUUUAUUUAUUUUUUUUUUUUGUUUUGUUUUAUUUUUUAUUUUUUGAAGGGGAGGGGGUCUGUUCUUCUGAAGCGCACUUCCUUCCAUCCGGUCAGUCUUUGGGAUUGAUGCUGUCACAGUGAAUAUGCUGAUUAUUUAUUGUCUGUUGUGAAUUUGUAAUACAUUGCACAGGGUAUAGUGAAAGAGUGCCAUUGGAUAUGUGAGAUGAGUGUAGAGAUGAGGGGAAACAGACUUUGUUACCUGAAAGACAUGAAGGAAAUAUUGAGGUUAAACUAAGUAGAGUUAUUUUGCCAGCAUUCUGCUUUCUUGAGUCAAUUUCUAGAGUCAACUCUUCCUCAAAUACAUAUCUGCGAUGAUUAUCAAUGAUGUGUCUUUCAAAUCAUAUGUGAAUACAAGAUCAUGGUUGUUUGCGAUUGACCGUAACUGGAUAUGUUUUUUUGUCAGUAAGAGUGGCCAUAUGUUGAUAAGCUAAAUUGAAGUGUAAAUAUCAGCAAGUCGUGCUUUUCAAAAUGUACAUUACACUACAUGCCAAAUCCUAAUAGUAUCGCGCUAAAAUAAAACUUCCUUUGUCUUUGUGUGUUACUGAAUUAUUCGUCAUUCAAAGUAAAGAGAUGAUGUUGCCUUAAAUAUAUAUUAAAAAAUACAGUUCAUAGAUCCUUAAAACUAGGUCAAGAACAGGCUGUAUAUCACUCCACUUUCCGUCAGCUCACAGAGAGCUGGAGUCACUAUUCAACUUUUAAGAUGAAGUAUACGUGAAGUGUUUCGUUCUCUGCAAAAUAUCAGAAGUAUCGUAGUGAUGUCUUGCCAUGGCUUAUCACGCAGAUGAGGCCCUUAGACAGGCCUACCAUGACUCUUGGGGAUGCUGAAAAUGAACCAAAGGUAUAUCUGGCUUUUCCUCCUUUUGUACAGAACAUGAAACUAUUUCACCAUUCCUCUCUGGUUACACAACACAGCCCAGUGUUUUAACAUGAACAGAUCUCGUAGUGUCAGUCCAGUCCUUCACAUGGAGAAGGCUUCCCCGUCCUAUGUGCCAUUCAUUAAACAGAUUAGGCUAGGAUUAUACUAGAUUUGUGUUUCAAAUGUUUUUUUUCUUGUUCCCGAAGACCUGCUACUUUUAUAAUGUAUGCCUGUCUCCAACAGGUUUGUGAAGCUUAUAGAGAUGUUGUCAUGCAAAAUGAGACGCUUCUAGUGUGUCACCAUGUGCUUGUAAGCCUUCACCAUGGCAACCAAACCUUAAACGGCCCUCCUCCAGUUAGGCUGAUAUGAAAAAAGAAAUGCCUGGUUGUCUUACAUACCAGUGAUAAUGUCACAACUGCCAAAAUACUAAUCCUGAGCAACAUGUGCAAUGUGAUGUAUGCCCUUAGCGCUUAUUUAACAAUGAAUGAAUUACUAAUUUACUUAUUUCCAGUCAAUGAAAUGAUGAUCCCACCAUUUACUCAGCUGAAAAGUGAUGUUGAACUGCCUCGCCAUUCAAGUGUCAUGAUAGUCCCAGUAAAUCCAGAUUAUAAAAACACCUUUGAAUGUAGCAGAUUAAUGUAUUGGUUUGUGACGGACAUUAUUGAUUGCCCUAAUGCUUUGAUAUUGAACUGCCUUUGUGCUUUGUAUGCUUUGAUUAUCGUUUGUCUCUUGUUUGGAUAAUGCCAUGAAAUUAAAUUUUGAGCAUAAUGUCUCGGUAUACCCAGUUGCUUUACAUGUCAACACAAAAGGGUCGUGCAUGCAGGCAUGGGUGACGUAAACCAGAGGUUAACCUCUAACCUCUGUGACUCUGAAGUCCUUGUUUAUUGUAAUGUCAUUCAUAAAAAGGGAGAUGGUGAAGAAAAAUAGCUUUUAAAACAGAGUAUCACUGUCGUUGUUAUUAUUAUUAUUUACUGAACUGUCAUUUAAUAACUGUAAGCUUUAGUUAUCAAAUUUGAUUUAAUUUUAAUUUGUCUGUGCCCUUUCAUGGUGAUCAACUUGUCUGUAAUUUAUGGAUCAUUGCCCUGUGUCUUGGAUUAGCAAAGCACAAAAUUCAUGAUUGUAAAACAGGGUAUGGUCAGAAAAUACAUGAAGCUGCCCUACAUUUAAUGUUAUUUGUGUUUUUUUCCUGUAAGAUGUUGAAUUGUACAUAGUGCUUUUUGUAUAUAUUGCAAACAAUUAAAAUAAAGAAAAGCAAGCAUA